AGCUCCAGGAACGGCGCCUGCGCGGUGGGCGUGAUCCGGGCACUUAGGGCAGGAUGAACGCUGCUUUCCAAGAUGGCGACGGAGGGAGGAGGGAAGGAGAUGAACGAGAUUAAGACCCAAUUCACAACCCGGGAAGGUCUGUACAAGCUGCUGCCACACUCGGAGUACAGCCGGCCCAACCGGGUGCCCUUCAACUCGCAGGGAUCCAACCCUGUCCGGGUCUCCUUCGUAAACCUCAACGACCAGUCUGGCAACGGAGACCGCCUCUGCUUCAAUGUGGGCCGGGAGCUCUACUUCUAUAUCUACAAGGGGGUCCGCAAGGCUGCUGACUUGAGUAAACCAAUAGAUAAAAGGAUAUACAAAGGAACACAGCCUACUUGUCAUGACUUCAACCACCUAACAGCCACAGCAGAAAGUGUCUCUCUUCUAGUGGGCUUUUCCGCAGGCCAAGUCCAGCUUAUAGACCCAAUCAAAAAAGAAACUAGCAAACUUUUUAAUGAGGAAAGACUAAUAGACAAGUCACGAGUAACCUGUGUCAAAUGGGUUCCCGGUUCGGAAAGCCUUUUCCUAGUAGCCCAUUCGAGUGGGAACAUGUACUUGUAUAAUGUGGAGCACACUUGUGGCACCACAGCCCCCCACUACCAGCUUCUGAAGCAGGGAGAGAGCUUUGCCGUGCACACUUGCAAGAGCAAAUCCACGAGGAACCCUCUCCUUAAGUGGACGGUGGGCGAGGGGGCCCUCAACGAGUUUGCUUUCUCCCCAGAUGGCAAGUUCUUAGCGUGCGUGAGCCAGGACGGGUUUCUGCGGGUGUUCAACUUUGACUCGGUGGAGCUGCACGGUACGAUGAAAAGCUACUUUGGGGGCUUGCUGUGUGUGUGCUGGAGCCCGGAUGGCAAGUACAUCGUGACAGGUGGCGAGGACGACUUGGUGACAGUCUGGUCCUUUGUAGACUGCCGAGUCAUAGCCAGAGGCCAUGGGCACAAGUCCUGGGUCAGUGUUGUGGCGUUUGAUCCCUAUACCACUAGUGUAGAAGAAAGCGACCCUAUGGAGUUUAGUGGCAGUGACGAGGACUUCCAAGACCUUCUUCAUUUUGGCAGAGAUCGAGCAAAUAGUACGCAGUCCAGACUAUCCAAACGGAACUCUACAGACAGCCGCCCCGUGAGCGUUACAUAUCGGUUUGGUUCGGUGGGCCAGGAUACACAGCUCUGUUUAUGGGACCUGACAGAAGACAUCCUUUUCCCUCACCAACCCCUCUCCCGAGCAAGGACACACACAAAUGUCAUGAAUGCCACGAGUCCUCCUGCUGGAAGCAAUGGGAACAGUGUCUCAACGCCCGGGAACUCUGUACCCCCUCCUCUGCCACGGUCCAACAGCCUUCCACAUUCUGCAGUCUCAAAUGCUGGCAGCAAAAGCAGUGUCAUGGAUGGGGCCAUUGCUUCUGGGGUCAGCAAAUUCGCAACACUUUCCCUGCAUGACCGGAAGGAGAGGCACCACGAGAAAGAUCACAAGCGAAACCAUAGCAUGGGACACAUUUCUAGCAAGAGCAGUGACAAACUGAAUCUAGUUACUAAAACCAAAACGGACCCAGCUAAAACUUUGGGAACACCCCUGUGUCCUCGAAUGGAAGACGUUCCCUUGUUAGAGCCGCUGAUCUGUAAAAAGAUAGCACAUGAAAGACUGACUGUGUUAAUUUUUCUUGAAGACUGUAUAGUCACUGCUUGUCAGGAGGGAUUUAUUUGCACAUGGGGAAGGCCUGGUAAAGUGGGCGUAUUGUCAUCCCCAAACCAGGCCAGUUCUCCGGGUGGGACUGUAGUGUAGCGACCCCGCUGCUGCUCGCACACUCUACCCGGACUCGGACUUGAGGGAGUGACCACGAGGAGCCACAAGCUGCGCUUGAGCCACGGCAGGCAGAGGACCUCAGGCGGCGGACCGCGACAGGGGCUGCGUGGACGCGUGCCCAGCUCGCUCCGGCGGCGCCGUGCUCUCCGCUGUGCACCCAAAGAAGUUGUUUCCAUUUUUAAAUCAGUCUGUUGGGGCUGCAGUAAAAAAUAAGAAAUGGAGUUUUCUUGCUUUUUACUCUAAAAUUCAGUGUAAUUAAAUCUCUCAUAUAUAUGAAAUAUACACAUAUAUACAUAGUGUAAAAUAAAAUAUUUCUUGGACAGAAAAUCCCCUUAAAUCCAGCUGUUAUAAAUAGUACUUCACUUUGUUUUUGCACUGAUUUUUUUUAUAUCUUAGGUGGUCAAAAGACAGCCUAGAAUGCACUCGUACAGUUACUUUCUGACUCAAAAUGUAAUUCAGGAAGACGGAUGCUGCAAUCAUAGAUGUUUGGAAAUUGUUUGCACUUAAAAUAGUUUAAUGCUGAUAGAAAAUUACUUUGAAUUUGGGUGUGAUGGAUUCAUGGCCCUCCAAGGUGUGAAGACAUACCCCUUUCAUCUGUUAACAUUUAUUUUAAUACUGUUGUUUCCAAUGCGAUCAACUCUGUAUUAUAUGUACAAACAAUGUAAUUCUACAACGGGGGAAAUAGUACCUCACUAGUGAUUUUCAUCAUUUGAGAGUGGUAUUUCUAAUUCACAAAAAAACAUUAAUAUUAAAACUAUCUUGAAUAUA